AUGGCACUGGCACUGUUUGAGGACUGGUGUGGGAUAAUGAGUGUGGAUACUCAGAAAUCCCUGAUGGUUAUGGGGAUACCAGUGGACUGUGAUGAGGCUGAGAUUCAGGAGGUUCUUCAGGAGAAUUUAAAGUCCCUGGGUAGGUAUAGACUUCUUGGCAAAAUAUUCCGGAAGCAGGAUAAUGCCAAUGCUGUUUUAUUAGAGCUUAUGGAAGAUCUCGAUACCUCAGUGAUCCCUAGUGAGGUGCAGGGAAGGGGCGGUAUCUGGAAAGUGGUCUUUAAGACCCCUAACCAGGACACUGAAUUUCUUGAAAGACUGAAUCUCUUUUUAGAAAAAGAGGGGCAGACGUUAGCAGGUAUGUUCCGAGCCCUUGGGCAUGAAGGAGUUUCGACAGGUGCCGUCCCCUCCAUAUCCCCAGACUUAUUGGCCAAUUUGGUGGGACAGGCAAUAGCACAUGCCCCUCAGCCUCUGCUACCCAUGAGAUACCGAAAACUGAGAAUAUUCUCAGGCAGUGCUGUUCCAGCCCCAGAGGAAGAACCCUUUGAAAUCUGGUUGGAACAGGCCACCGAGAUAGUCAAAGAGUGGCCGGUGGCAGAGGCAGAAAAGAAAAGGUGGUUGAUGGAAAGUCUGCGUGGCCCUGCCCUGGACCUCUUGCAUAUAGUGCAGGCAGACAACCAGUCCAUAAGCAUGGAAGAAUGCUUGGAGGCAUUUAAACAAGUGUUUGGAAGCCUGGAGAGUCGCAGGACCUCACAGGUUAGAUAUCUGAAGACCUAUCAGGAAGAAGGCGAGAAGGUCUCUGCCUAUGUGUUACGAUUAGAAACCUUGCUCCGGAAAGCUGUUGAGAAGCGUGCCAUUCCUAGAAAUAUUGCAGAUCAGGUCCGUUUGGAACAAGUCAUGGCGGGGGCGAGCCUUAGUGAAAUACUUUGGUGCAGGCUUAGGGAGCUGAAGGAUCAGGGACCACCUCCCAGCUUCCUAGAGUUAAUGAAGGUAAUACGGGAAGAGGAGGAAGAAGAGGCUUCAUAUGAACAUGAGAAUCUUGAAGAUCCAGAUGAGGGAGAAAGCUAUGGCCAGUGGGUUAACCCAGCCGAUGCUUAA